AUGGCAACUGCGGUGAUCGUGGCCUUUGUGGCCACUGCUUUGGUAGGCUGGGCUAAGCGUAGGCCGUCCUACAGGCACAAGCCGGUGAUGGAGAUAGCGGCAGUAGCAGCAAGGCCGGGCUGCCCACUGCACCAUCCAAGAGGAAUACUUGCGUCUCACGUGGGGAUAUGCAACGUGACUGCAAUGAUGGCGGGCCUCUUCUUGUUGGAUUCAGUCAUGGUCCAGUGGCUCAUGCCACACCUGACUCUUGUAGCAACUCUCGGUAUCAUGGGCGAAUCGAUUCUGAAGGAAGGAAGCUCAUUUCUGUAUGCUGCUCCGUUUUGGACGGCAGUGGCUGCCCAAGUGGCCUUUCUUUAUGCAGCUGCGUUCUCUCACAAACCUACGGGGCGGCUGCUGGAUUUGCUGGCCUUCACGUCCUACUUCUUCCAAGUACUUUUUCUGUCGCUGCCAGGGUUUGCAUGCAAUCAGCCUUUGCAGACAUAUCGUUUCAUACUUCAACUGGUUGGAGCUUUGUUCAUGCUGGACGAAAGGCGCGCUGCAACUUUGGCUUUGACCACGUAUGCGGUGCCUGUAGCUGCGAUCACGGCAUUCAGACUGACAACAGAUUUGUUUCUGAAGACUAUCUGGAUGGAUGGUUUUGGGACUCUGGUGAUCUUGCUCCUGCUCCGUACGAUUCGCAUUGUUCAUUCUCACUGUCAAGACGGCGGUGUUGCGUCGCAAGACAAGCUGGCGCUUGCCGAAGCUCGACGGAACAUACUUUCUGUUGUUACGGAUGGAGAGAUGCUGCUGAUGAAGAACGGCAAGAUUGUUCAAGCAGAGCCCCGGUGCCGGCACUACAUAGAGGGCAUGCUCGGCCAGGAGGAAGAGGUCAAAGUUGAGGGUGCUCUUCUGCAGGAUCUCUUACAUCCUGCAGAGGUACGAAGCAUGUCUUCGAUCUGCCCCGCGAUGAAAUCGUCGCCCCCGAACUCGACUGCACCAGCGUGCAGUUUCCAUGCUCGACUUCGGAAUGAGAAGCAGGUUCAGAUGUACAUGUGCCCCGUGGGCGCUGAGCGGUACGGUGCUGACAGUGAGUUACUGUGGCUGGUUUGCUUCUGCCAGCCCCACUCCGAGGCGCAUCAGACUGCCGCGGAGACUCCUGCGCAAGAUGAGCUGGACGAGGUUUCGAGGAUUUCGUCCGACACAACUCCACCAGGCACCUUGGCGAGCCAACGUCAAGAAGUCGCCCUGCCGGAAAUUGAAAGCCUGGGUUUCACUCUGGACAUCUACUCGGAGGAGCUGACGAUGCUGCAGGUGAAGCUUAACUUCAACAUCUCUCAGCUUCAGCCCGAAGGCUCAAGCCGCAUGCCCACCAUGGAGAAGUGGCUUCUCCCGAGAUCCAUGGUUGACUUCCGCGAGUGGUUGAUUGACCAGGUGCAAGCGGAGCUGGCCGGAACUCCGACAGUGGCGUAUCCUGGGCCGUUUGAAAUUCACCUUCCUGGCAGCAGCGGUGGCACGCUGCAGGCAACUGAAGUCGCAGUCACCAAGAUGCAUGUGACCAACGAGGCGGAACCAUCCACACGCGAUGCGGAACAUGCGCGGCCGUCAGCUGGUAUCUCUGCCGGCCACGGCAGCCAGGAAAUGUGUGCAUCGGCAUCCUCGGCAUCGCAGCCGCCGCAACCACAAGCCGAGACAGUUGACACAGCGAGAGGUCAGAGGGAAACCAAUGAGGACUCCGAGCUGGCUUGCUUUUUGGUCCAUGUGGAGUGCAAGAACAUCACGCAGCGCGCUGCAAGGCUGCCGAGAAGACGCUCAGGAAGGAGAUCUCGACGGUCGAGCAGCAGUAACAGUAACAGCAGCGGCAGAUGA